CUGCUCCACCGCGUGCGACGCACAGAGAUGUCCUUGGGAGGUCCUGGUGUGGAUGGCGGCAUAGAUGCCGCGUCCGUUGAAUUCUUUGGCCAAAAAUUGCGCGAGGCACAGCGAAAGUUUUAUGAGGACGCCCCAGGCUCUGCCCCGAAACGAAGCCAUCGGACUCAGGCGCAACAAGUUCAAACACUCCCUGGUGCAGUGCUUUGACGUCUACUUGGGGCAGAGGGAAGGGCAGACGUAAACCGAUUUGGCCAUGGAGGAGAGGGAAUCUGCGGGCGCUGGAAACAUCUGGAAACCAGUUUUGGAAUAUGAGGUCGGCGAAGGGUACUCAUCGCCUUCAGCAGUGGAGCGUGCUAGGACCUCCAUUUCAUCAGCCCAAGAGCUGCUACAAAGCAAGCAGCAAGGCUAUGCGGCUGCCACCACAGAAACAGAGAUGUCUCCAAAGGAGAAGCAGAGGUAUGGCCCGGAGCGGUUUUUCUACGACCAGCGCAGCUAUACUGGUGUUCAUCGAAAUGGCCCUCCCACCGUAGUGGAGAAGGACCAAGUCUCCCAGAUUGUUCGGGACGCUGCACAUGGAACAUCACCUGCGACUCCGGUGUCUGCGCGAAAGCGUGCGACCUCUUUCGUGUCCUUCCGGAGUCGUUCCUCCUCUGCCAGUAGUAGUGCCCGAAGGCACACACUGGGGCUGGGGCAUGAAAGCGAGACGCCUGGCUCCGAAAGGUCUCCGCGCUAUGGGCCAGAACGCUUCUUCUACGACCAGCAGACCUAUACAGGUUCACAUCGAUUGGGAGGGCCUUCCACCGCAGAUGGCGCCAAGGAUUUGAGUCAAAUGGUUCGCAGGGAUUCAGAGGCUUCGCCGAGGAGUGCCAGAAGCCCGCGCGGAUCCAUGGUUUCUCAAAGCGGCGAGCUGCCAUUUGGACGAGCGAACUCCAUGUCACGCGCGUCAUUCGCAAGUUUGCGAAGUCUGCGUUCGGAGGAUCCGCGGUCAACUGCGAUGGCUUCGCGAGCAUCUCGAGUUUCAAUUGCAUCCAUGGCAAGUACGCAGGGCGACGAGGUUUCUCCAAGACGGAAAACAGAGACGCCACAGAGCGCGCGGUCCUCCAAAGCGAAUUUGGAGGAUUUCAGAUACGGCCCGGAGCGCUUUUUCUAUGAUUCCAGGACCUACACUGGGGUGCACAAGCACGGAGGUCCGACAUGUGUGGACAUCAAAGAGCCACCAGCGCAGGUGGAAAGUCAGGUGGGCGGCGAAAGUCUUCGAAGUCCAAGAAGUCCGACACGCAGCAGGGCUUGGUCAACGAUGUCCUCGCGCAGCAACAUGCUGGACGCCUAAGGAGGCGGCGGACAUCGGGACAGAGCUUGAACUUGUCUGCGAAUUCAGAGACACCUCAUGUAGCUCAGCAGGUCAGGAGUUGCAAAUUUUUGAUCCGGG